AUGAAUGUCUGGUCAAAUUGGUGUUCAGCUAGAGGAAUAAGUCAGCCAAUUGAACUUUUUCCUUAUGAACAAUUGGAUAUGCUUCUCAGCAAAUUUUAUGGCGAAGUUAAAAAGGUGAAUGGAGCGGACUACGAGCCAGAAAGCCUUCGCGUGAUGCAAGCUGCAAUUGAUCGCUACUUACGUGACAAAGAUUACGGCGAAAGUAUCAUUUCUUCAAGGCAAUUUCAUCAGUCUAUGAAGACACUCAACGCUAAAGCAGCACGUCUCCGACAGCAAGGCAUGGGUAAACGUCCCAACAAAGCAGAAGCACUCAACCAAAGCGAAGAGGAAUUGCUGUGGCAAAACGGUUCGUUCGGAAAUCAUUCGCCAGUCGCGUUGACAAAUGCCAAUUUCAAGUGUCUUUCGGAGCAAAUGGGUUUGCGAGGACGACAGGACCACUACGACGCAUAUGUGGAAGAUUUCAUCCUUCGUAAGCACGACGAUGGCUCGGAAUCUAUUGUAUUCAAUGAAAAUCCCACCAAAACACGAAGCGGAGGCCUUCGAGUCGCAAAAAGAAUCACGAAGCAAGUUAUGUGGAGCACUGAUGGCGGCCCUCGAGACCCAGUAAAGCUUUUCAAGUUAUGGCUCUCCAAACGCCCUCAGCCGAUGCGAAACCAAGGCCCUCUGUAUCUGACAAUAAUUCAACGUCCAAAAAAUGACGAUGUUUGGUAUACCAAGGUACGAAUGGGCCAGAACACAAUUGGGAAAAUAAUGCCAAGAAUGACUUCGUCGCUCGAGAGCUCAACAGCGAAAAAGUUGACAAAUCACAGCACGAGAAAAACAGUUGUUCAAAAGCUGAAAUCUGCUGGACAACCACGCUAUAAGAUCAAGGAAAUUACCGGUCAUGCAUCAGAGGCAUCUCUAAAUGAUUACGAUGUAAUCAGCGAGGAAGAACGCAGAGAACUGUCUCAUAUCAUCAGCGGUUACAGUGCGUCAGCUUCGCGAACAACAACCUCAGUUCCCUCGAUCGUAUCGUCUUCCACAGCUCCUAGACCAACCGAACAUGAUACAUCCAGGGCCUUUUUUAACAUACAAGCUGGGUACUCAGUCCCCCCUUGUGCCCCCCACGAAAUCACAUUUUGCCCCCCCAGGAAAAGUCCCUUUUCCCUAAAAUUAUACAAACAAACCAGCGAAGAUUAACAAAUACAUAAACGGAAAGUAAGUUUUAGGCUUUAUCCUUUGUCCUUGUUUAACAAAAUCGAUUUAAAUUGUUUCUUUUUUCUACCACUAAGUAAUGAUAAAUUAUUGUUAAUAAUUUUUUUAUUUUUUGGAUGCUCAGAAUGCAGGAAAUAGCAUUUCCGGGUUUCAAAUUUCAAAAAUUUUCUGGGGAUUAUCCCUCUAAUAAUUAAUGAGAAAUUACAGUUAAUAUUCUUUUUUACUUUUUGUGCAUUUUUUCCAUCUUUUAUUUGAAAUACAAGUAUAGUUAGUAUAAAUUUUAGGGCAAAUUUGAAUGCUCAGAAUGCAGGAAAUGGCAUUUCCGUGCUUCAAAUUUCAAAAAUUUUCUGGGGGAGUACACCCCCACACACCUGAUCAUUGUUAUCCUCCUCUAAUAAGUAAUAAUAAAUGAUGGGAUUUUUUUUUACUUUUUGUGCGUUUUUUCCUUUAUUUAUUUCAAAUACAAGUACAGUUAGCAUAAAUUUUGGAGCAAAUUUGGAUGCUCAUAAUGCAGGAAAUGACAUUUCCGGGAUUCAAAUUUCAAAAAUUUUCUGGGGGAGUAGUCCGCCAGACCCCCCCCCCCCCAUUCAUGCGUGGUAUGUUGGCCACACACGUGGCCUUCAGCCAAGCCAUUGCUAUCCCCCUCUAAUAUAUUACCUCACAGAAAGGUCCCUUUUCAAAAAAUGCCCCCCCCACGGAAAAAUCUUAAAAAAGGCCCUGGAUACAUCAAUUGUCCCCGUUCAAGUCAGACAGCAAAUUGCAUCUGCAUCCAACGCUAUCCUUCGCCAAGAAGGUUUGUUGAGCAUUCCCCCCAGUGUUGACCACGAUGUCCCACUUGUGUUUGCCAAAAACCCAGUUUCCUCAUCGCUAGCUCCGGUUAAUAUUGCCUACAACAACUGUGUUUUUAAUAUUGGAAACCAGACGGUGAACACGGAUAAUUCAGCGGCCAGAAAAAGACGUCGAGCGGUUAUAUUUGACUCAGAUUCAGAUUAACUGAGCUAAAGAACUUCACCAUUUUGAACACGUUACAAACUUGCAACAUAUGGCUUCCCAGUUGUGUGUUGACUGUUGAAUAUUAUUAAAUUCAAACACUGUUGUCAUGUGAUUAUACCGGAAAUAAUACCCGGAAGUUAAUUUAUGUUAAUUUGAUUAUGAUAAAUUUAAUUCAAUAUUGUACUAUUUCACUAUUACAGUAAGAAUUGUCGAGACAAAAAUUUAAUAAUUAUAUUGAAUUUCAACAAAUUGUAUUUUUGUGCCUUUUCCCCUCAAACAGUUUGAUUACAGAAGAUAAAUAAUUAAUAGCUAAUAGAACGAAUUAAGUCGUGCUAUUAAUGCCUGCAUAAUCAUACUUGUGAUUAACAAAUCAACCUCCCGCUACGCGGUCGGUUGAUUUUGUAAUCACUCGUAUGAUUAUGGCAUUAAUAGCACUCCUAUCCGUUCUAUUACCAUCAUUAAUUGUACUGCAGUACAAUUAAUGAUUUUCCCAAAACAAACAAAAUGGCGGAAAGGUAUUUUGAACUGAGGUAUUUUGGACUCGCCCCGGCGGCUCGUCCAAUUUUGGCAAAAUUUCCAAACAUCACUCGUACUAUUAAUCACAUAUAUAAUUGCACUCGCCAUCGCAUGAUUACCUAUACGAACAGGACAUGCAUAUAUGACAUGUAUAUGCAAGAGGCGCCUAAGCCUGAUUAAUACUAAGUGAGUAACUUAACAGCAGUGUAUAUUAAAUUGACGCAUUUUCUACAUUUUUAGCGUUAAAUUGAAAACUCUGAACCGGCUUGAAAAUCGCAGUACUAGCUUAAAUUCCUUGUAUCCAUAUUUUAUUGCGAAUAUUUCAAUGGUACAGCUUAUGUUAGUUAAACGUGAACUUGAAAUGCAUUUUUUAUUCAACACAGCCGGGUCAUAUGAAAUCAAGAGACCAGUUUCAUAUUAAUAUGCCAAUAAAAAGUUUUGAAUAACAUGCAGUGCAGAAUUUCCAUGAUAAAACUAUAUUUUAAUAUAGUUCAGCUAAAUUUAACUGUUUGCUUGCAAUAUUUAUUAUCACUAUGACAGAAUAAUAAAUCAUGACUAUUUAUUUAAUUAAAAGAUUAAUUAAAAAAGAUUGUUUGGCUAUCGCCAACUGUGGAAUCGUCAUAUCAAGUCAAUAGCUGACCAAUAUGGAGUUCUUAUAUAAUAUUCAACGGUCAUAACUGUGAAUAUAAAAACUCAUAUGGAACGGAGCGACGUGUUCAACGUUAUGACGUCAUGCAAUGGAAAUGCGAUAUGAUAACGAAAUGUAAGAAUACGAGCAAAACAAUGUGGUGCCUUUAGCCGUGUUUGCAGCGAAUUGUAUGUUUAAAUGAAACAAGUGAUAAACUUUAAUCGAGGAGAAUGGAUGAAAACAGCCACAGAGAAGAUUUAUACACAUGUGCAGAUUUUAAAUUAAAGUACAUGACUUAGUUAUAAAAGAAAAACGGAAAGAAUUGGGGUAAUUAUUUCGACGAAUUGAAUCCACAAAAGCGGAUGUGAAGAAUUUGAAAACUGAAAAUUGCGUAAUAUGGACUACAAUUGCAUCAAACGCUUUUUUGGCUUUCAGGUAGAUUAGGUAUCACUAAAAAUGAGCAAAUACGUGCAAAAAAGAAAAACGUCGAUCCAAAAAAUUUUAGUCGUUUUAGAUCCGAAAACGUUUCGCGCGAAAAGCCGAUAUCCGAAAAAUUUAUUUCGAGUGUUGAACCUAAUAUCUCACGAGUGGGCGCAGCAAACGAAGCCCAUGUGUUUUUCUGUUUAUUGUAUAAACAAAAUUCAGUGAAAAACAAUAAAACAUCCGUGGCAAUGCGUUUUACAACAAAUGAUAUUUUCACCCGUAAAAAUAUAUAACAUUUAUGUUUAUAUAAUAAAAACCUUUAUUUAGCGUGUUUUUAAAAAAUAUAUCUACCAGAAAUCACUCUGUUGGUAACCAUAUCGGUUUCACUCAAUCGUAGGGCCUUUUAUCUGAGUUAUUGUGUCUGUCUUUUUAGAGUUAAUCACACUCCCAAUAUUCAAUCUUGACAAUAGACAAAUCAAUGAACUAUUUUAA